AUGGCAUACUUAACAAUAUACAGUGUUUUGAUUUUGUUCUUUUUAGAAGCGCCUUGCGGUUGGUUAUCUCAACUUAAUUCAAUAACACAAAUAGAUCCAGCCAAAUGUCCAAACAAAUGUGGUAAAUUUUAUAGAGAUUUGUCUCGCAGUUGGUUAACUCAACUUGACUGGAUAACACAACUUGAUCCUGCCAGAUGUCCAAACAAAUGUGGUAAACUGUAUAACGGUCCUUAUAGAAAGCGUCAUCUCAGACAACAUUUAGUGUACGAAUGUGGUGUUAUACCGAAAUUUCAAUGUAGAGUAUGCUUCAAGCGUUUUGCUAGAAAUCCUCAAUUAAAAUAUCAUUUAAUUAGAAUACAUAAAAUGAUGGCUUAA